AUGUGGACUCAAACCCUACCGAUCAUGGUCGCUUUCAUUGCCACUUUCAUUUUCCUCCUCGCCCUAACCAACGCUCAAAACGCCCCCGGUGACUACCUCGCGCUUCACAACCGAGCUCGAGCCCAGGUCGGCGUCGGCCCCAUGCAAUGGAGCAACACCGUGGCCGCGUACGCUCAAGCCUAUGCAAAAAAAAGAAAGGGUGACUGCGCCAUGAUUCACUCAACCGGGCCGUACGGGGAAAACAUAGCCGCGGGCUACUACCCUAAGUUUACUGGGGCAGAUGCAGUGAAGCUGUGGGUGAACGAGAAGCCGCUGUAUGAUCAUGCGUCGAAUAAAUGCGUGGGUGGUGAAUGUGGGCACUACACUCAGAUGGUGUGGCGGAGCUCGGUGCGGCUUGGAUGUGCUAGAGUACCCUGCAAGGCUAAUUCUCAGUUUGUUGUUUGCAAUUAUGAUCCUCCUGGCAACUAUAUUGGGGAAAAGCCUUAUAAUUCUUGGGUGGUUCUUGCUUUAACAAAACCUGGGAUAGUUGGAUUGAGAAUUAGGGUUGCCUUAUCACGUCUUCUCCCCACAGUUACAUGUGUCAGGGAAGCUGAUGCCGAGUUCUUCGGCUCAGUCAAUUCAAUGCAGCUCGGCUCAGUUGGUGCAACUUUUGGACCCAAAACUCGACCAUUCAGCUUGGUAUAG